UCGACUUUACAAAGAGUUAAUUGAUGAUGGAGCUGAAGCUAAUUUUGCACGAAUGACUGCAAAUCAAUUUGACUUAUUGUGUUCACUAUUAGGUGCUCCCUAGACCUACAAUAACAUUGUACAAUAUAUUUAAUUGCACAAUAAGAUUGAAUUGCGUUUUGAAUCCAAACGCUCAAUUAUAUUGCCCAAUUUUAAGAACUUCGGAAAUUGUGCAAUGUUUUUGUGUUCAGUCGGAAAAUAGUUUGAUCCAAGCAACAUGUCCGCACAAGAUUUAGCUGCAGCUGUACUAUUAUUGUUUGUGGCUAAGCGUAAACGUAAACGAACACGUCGUUGGUCGAAAGAUUGGUACUUGAAAAGGCCAAAAUACACUCACGAAAAUCUCUUAAAAGACUUGAUGUUAACUGAGGAAAAUGACUUCAAGAAUUAUGUACGACUGGAUUUGGAACAGUUUCAAGAGCUACUAAAAUUGGUUGCGCCAUUGAUUGAGAAAAAAAAUACAAACAUGAGGGAAGCAAUACCACCUUUUCAACGGCUUUCAAUAACAUUACGGUAUCUAGCCACUGGGAAUACUCUAGAAGAUUUAAAGUUUCACAGUGCUAUUUCCCCACAAAGUCUUUCCCUAAUAAUUAUGGAAACCUGCGAUGCCAUAAUAAAGGUUUUGAAUAAAUUAAUCAAGCUACCACAAACUGCCGAGGAAUGGAAACAAGUUGCCAAGGAUUUUGAGAGCCAGUGGAAUGCUCCUCAUGUAAUCGGUGCUAUAGAUGGCAAGCACGUGGACAUAAAGAAACCUCCUGGUUCUGGAUCAUACUACUAUAACUACAAAAAAACAUUCAGUAUUGUGUUAAUGGCGGUUGUAAAUGCUAACUACGAGUUCAUUAUGGUUGAUAUAGGGACUAAUGGGCGCGUAUCAGAUGGGGGUGUGCUGCAGAAUACAACAUUUGGACAGCAAUUAAAAAAUAAUGCUUUAAAUAUUCCCCACCACCUGAAUUGUUGCCUGGAAGUUUCCGAAAACUUCCAUAUUUUUUUGUUGGAGAUGAUGCCUUUCCAAUGUCUCAAAAUUUACUGAAACCUUAUAGCCAAACUGGAUUAACAAAAGAAAAACGUAUAUAUAACUAUCGAAUAUCGCGAGCUAGAAGGAUGGUUGAAAGUGUUUUCGGUAUACUAGCUACUCGUUUUGGAGUAUUUCAAAGAGCAUUUCCUUUUGAUCCUACAAAAGUAAGAAAAAUUGUUUUGACUUGUUGUUAUCUACACAAUUUUUUGAGGAAAUCCCGUUCCUACUUAUCUCCAUCAUUAAUGUUUCGUGAAGACCACGAAUCAGCAAUAAUACACCCACCAUCUAAAGAAGUAUUUCAGUUGAAACCAUUGGAAAACACCAAUAAAAAAAAUUCACUGAAUAUCGCAAAACAAGCACGGGACGAAUACAAUGAAUUUUGUAACAAUGAAGGUGCAGUUCCCUGGCAAGAGAAAAUGGUUAAUUAAACAUACCUACAACUCUAUAUAUUAAAAAAUAUAUAAUUAAAUACUAGGACCUAAAUAAAUAUGUAAACGUAUUCAUUAAAAUAAAAUUAAUUAAAACUUACUUGUGUAUCAUUGUUAUCUAAACUAGAAUGUACAGUGUGUCCUCCCGGACUACGUACAGUAGACUCAGCAUCCAUACUAGACUGUGAAUCCGAUGCGGUUUCCUGAUCUUGUAAAAAAACCAUUUCAUUAUAAUACCAUAAAGUAGGUUGGUAUAUGUCGUCUGCGCUAGAUCCAGAUUUCAUCGACUGAAGGUGUUUCUUGAGUUCCUUUCGGUAAUUUGUUCUCAAAGAGUUGAAUUUCUUCUUCACGUCAUCUUUGCUUGCCUUUGGAAACAUCUCUUUAUAUUUAGACAACAAUGUUUCGUAAUCAACUUUUUUUUUAUCACGGUUAUGAUAUUCUUUGCUCUUGACAUUCCACAAAGACGGCAAUUCUCUAUACAAUUGUAUGCAUUCCACGAUAAACUCCCUUUCCUUCACUUUCGUAUUGUCUUGUUCGGCCAUCUUUGGGAUGCGAGCGUGUGCGUGUUCUCUUCUCCUUGCCCCGACGAAACACAGACUAAAAAAUAUUGCGCAAUAUUGACCCUAUACGAUGCAAUGGAAAAAUAUGGUGCAAUAAAAAUUAAACUCGCUCAAACUUUCGUUCAAUCAUUGCGCAAUCUUCAAUAUUAGCCCUAGACGAUUAAUUAUAUUGCACAAUUUACAA